AUGGAAAAUGGUGCUCUGUGUAAGUUUUAUGUUCUGUUUUCUAAUUCUGAUACUGGUAAAGGUAGUCACGAAAAAACAAAACGUUUUGUGUCACAGCCAUUUAAAAAAUGGAAAAAUGCGAUAGAGAAAUUUAAUGAUCAUGAAAAUUGCCAAUAUCAUAAAUUAUCUAAAGAACGCGCAGAAUAUUUUUUGUCAGUAAAUUAUCGAAAGCAAAAAUCUGUGAUUGAAGUUUUAAACUCUGAACAAGCCCGUCAAGCUUCGGAAAAUAGAAAAAAACUAUAUUCAAUAGUUGAAACAAUUAUUCUUUGUGGUCGAUUAGAAAUGUCUUUAAGAGGGAAAAAUGAUUCAGGACGUAUAAAUGUAGAUAAAGAAGAAUAA